UUACCAAAUGAAUUUAUGUGUUGAUCUUUUUAAAAAAAAUAGUGAUUUAAAAAUUACAGCUGAAAAAGCAAUUGAGAAUUUAAUAACAAAAAUUGAAGAUGGCUCUCUUUGUGGUUUUUCUAAUAAUAUUCAAGAAAAUCUUUCAAAUUCUAAUUGGUGGAAAAAAUUACAAAAUUUGUAUAAAUUAGUAGAGCCUUAUUGCACAGCUUUAAAUAAAUUGCAAAAUGCUUUAGCCAAACAAGAAAAAAAAAUCCGAGAAACAAAUGUUGCAAUACAAGCUCAAUAUACAAAUUUAGAAAAUGAGGAUUAUUCUGAUAAUAAUAAUGGGCUUUUUAAUUUAUCAAGUGAUGAUGAUCUUUAUAUAGAAGAUGAAUCGAAUGAACUAAAUGAAUCUGAUUCUGAUAUUAAAUCUGAUGAAUUUAAAAAUCAUAUUAGAGAUAUUCAGAAUAUUAAUAAUUGGCGCUAUUUAGUAUCUUGGUAG